GUCUUUUUACAGCUGUUUCAAUAAUUAUUGUAAUCAUCUUGGGACUUAUACAAACCGGAGGGUUCGCAAACAUGAUCAGAGCCAAUCAAGAAGGGGGCAGAAUAGAAUUUUUUAGGAUGAAUCCAGAUCCAUUUUUAAGAAAUACAUUUUGGACCGUCUCCAUAGGUACGACGUUUCAAUGGCUCACAUCACUGGGAAUUCAUCCAGGAGCUGUACAACGUUUCGUAGCGUUGCCUACGUAUGGAAAGGCUCAGAAAGCUGCGAUUUUCUUUGUUUUCGGUAUGGGUGUCGUAAAAAUCUUGACCAGCGUUGUAGGAAUGUUGAUCUACUCCAUUGCGUCUACAUUGUCAUUGCUAACCACUGCUAUUUUUAUUAGAGCAAACGGGGACCUUAAACGUAAAUAUGAG